AUGAGCAAUGAUACAAUGCCUUCUUACUGCUUUCUUCUCAUCAUCAUCAUCUUCUCGUGCAUCCCCAAUAUUGCUCUCUCUAAUGACCCUGCUCAUAUUUGCUCUUUUGAUUCAAACUACACAAGCAAUAGCACUUUCAAAACCAACCUCAAUCUUCUCUUCACCUCCCUCAUCUCCAACACUCCGGCCACUGGUUUCUACAAUGACACUAAAGGUAACGCAACAGAGCCCGCUUACGGCCUGGCGCUAUGCAGAGGAGAUGUCUCCAACGAUGUUUGUAACAAUUGUGUGAAUUCUUCAGUGCAACAAAUAAUCCAACUAUGCCCACAACAGAAGAGUGGGAUCCUCUGGUUACCCGAAUGCAUCCUUAGAUACUCCAACCAAAACUUCUUCUCCUCUGUUGACACUUUGACGAGGCGUCUAUUGUAUAAUAUUGGUAAUGCCUCAGAACCUGAAAGAUUUAGCAAAUUGCUUGAGCAACUCAUGGAUAGCCUUGCUGUGAAAGCCUACGAAUCAACCCUUUUGUUCGCUCUUGGCUCCGUGAACUUCACAAUCUUUCAGAAAAUCUACGGCUUAUUAAUGUGUACUAGAGACCUGUCCAAGGAUGACUGCAACCUGUGCCUUCGCGAGUCUAUUUCACAAAUUCCAAAUAUGGGUAAUGGAUACCAACUAGGCGGGGUCGUGCUAACAAUGAGUUGUUAUCUCAAGUUCGAAGUGUAUCCCUUCUAUAAUCUCUCUGCAGAAGCUGCAGAAACUCAGCCCCCGGUUUCUUCACCUCCCGGCCAAACAGAAAGUAAUGACACUGCCAAAAUAGCUGCGGCUAUUGGAACUCCUUCAAUUGCUGCAGUCCUGUUCCUCUCAGUAGCCUUCUUUUGCCUGGUUAAGAGAAGAGCGAGAAAGAGUAGUGUAAGAAAAAUCCAAGACGAAGGAGAAAUGCAGGAGCUUGGAAGCUUAGAUUCUUUCUUCUUUGAUUUGGCUGCACUCAAGGAGGCUACCGAUGACUUCUCUGAAGCUAACAAGCUGGGAGAAGGUGGAUUUGGACCUGUUUAUAAGGGGGUGCUGAAUGAUGGACAGGAAAUAGCUGUGAAAAGACUUUCAGAGAAAUCAUCUCAAGGACUAGUUGAGAUGAAGAAUGAGGUGGUUUUGGUGGCUAAACUUCAGCACAAGAACCUUGUGAGGCUUUUGGGAUGCUGUUUAGAAGAAAAAGAGAGGCUACUUGUUUAUGAGUACAUUCCAAAUACUAGCCUGGACAAAUUCCUGUUUGAUCCUAUAAAAUAUACACAACUGGAUUGGACAAGGAGAUACAAGAUAAUUGAAGGCAUUGGACGAGGGCUUCUUUAUCUGCAUGAAGAUUCACGUCGCACUGUAAUCCACCGAGACUUGAAAGCAAGCAACAUCCUGUUAGAUGGGGAUAUGAAUCCGAAAAUUUCAGAUUUCGGCCUCGCUAAGCUCUUCAAUGCUGAUGAAACACAAGGAAAAACUAAUCGAAUAGCUGGGACAUAUGGAUACAUGGCACCAGAAUAUGCUCUGCAUGGUGUGUUCUCAACGAAAUCGGAUGUUUAUAGUUAUGGAAUUUUGGUUUUGGAGAUAAUAACUGGUAAGAAGAACUGUGGCUUCCAAGCAUCUGGUAGCGCUACUGAUCUUCCAACUAAUGUAUGGCAGCAUUGGAACGGAGGGACAUCACUGGAGUUGAUGGAGAGUGGAGGAGGUGAUCAGUUCAGAGCUGAACAAGUGCUGAGAUGCAUACACAUAGGGUUGCUUUGCGUCCAGGAAGAUCCAAAACAGAGGCCAAGCAUGGCAUCCAUUGUUCUCAUGCUCAAUAGUUACUCUACUUCUCUUCCAGCUCCUUCUCCUCCUACUUUCUACUUUCCAAGCAACACGAUGAACAAGGUUCAACCAGGGAUGGAUGAAGGUUCUACUCAGAAGGCCGGAAACUCUGUGAAUGCUGCCUCCAUUGAUGAAAUUGAACCUUGCUAG